AUGGACACGAACGCGCUGAUCGAUCUCGUCCAUGAGAUGCAGGGCCAGCUCUGGGUCGAUCAGGUGAAUGAGACCCUUAGGACUGGCCUCCUCUGCGAAUGGGUGUCGACUUUCCAUCCGAAUAAGCUUCCCUGUCAACUCGACGGUCCCUUUCACCAUGGCGCAUUCAAUGCCGGCAUGAAGAUGGUCUUCAGCGACAGCACCACCUGGAUGGUUCGUUUCCCUCGUGUAGGGAUGGUCUGUGACAACUACGCCGAUGAGAAGGUUGCCAUGGAGGUGACUGCCCUGAGUCUUAUCCACGACAGGACUACCAUUCCUGUCCCAAGAAUUCAGGCAUGGGGCAACGCUGCCAGUAACCCACUCGAUCUGGGUCCGUUCAUUAUCAUGGACUUCAUUGAUGGUGUGAGCCUCAGCGACAUUCUCAACGAUACCGACGCUGAACGUCCCACCAGACUCAUGAGGGAGGAUAUCAAUGAUAGUGACAUUGAAAUUAUCUACAGGCAGUUGGCGAAUUAUCUACUUCAGCUUUUCAAACUUGAUUUCGACCAGAUUGGCAGCUUGCCAUGGCCAGGAGUUAAAACCCAAAGUGCCACACCAGCACGCCCUUUAACGUUUAAGGCACACAGUAUUCUACAAAAUGGAGGGGUCAACACCUUUGGAGACCGACGCCAGGGGUUUACAACAACAGCCGAGUAUUUUCAAUAUGUGGUCGAGCAGGAUUGGGAGCAGCUUGUCCAGCAGCCGAACUCGACUGUUGGUUUAUAUGAUGCUAAAAAUAAAUAUGUGGCGUUCAAGGUCCUAAAAGCCCUGAUAUCUGACUUGGUCAAUACAAAGUAUGACCGUUGCAAAUUCAAACUGAUUUGUGAUGAUCUUGGCUUAGCGAAUUUGAUUGUCCAGAGCAGGGAGGACCUUACUGUUGUUGGAGUAGUGGACCUUGAGUGGUCAUACAUUGGUCCCGCCCAGCUGUUUGGCUCAGCACCAUGGUGGCUUCUCCAAGACAGACCCGUCAACAGCGCGUGGGACUGUAAGGAUGACAAGCCACCUAAGAUUGCUGGCCGGUACUUCAAGUGCCUGGAGAUUUUCACACGUAUUUUAGAGGAGGAAGAGUCAAAAAUGCCAGGGCAUGAAGAGAAAGAGCUCUCCAGUCUUGUCAGGUGGUCGCAAUCCUCCGGGGCAAUGUGGUUGCACAUGCUCCUCUCGUCUGGCUUCAACGAUCAUCGCAGCUUUCCUUUUACGCAGCUGCGCCAAUACUUUGGCACUGAGUGGGCAAAGCGCGAGAAUGAAUUCAACAAUGAAGAAGAGCUUGAGGCAUUCGCAGCGCGGAAGAUGAGCGAGCUGGAGCAGUACGAUGAGGUCUUGGAGAAAAGAGAGGAUAAUAAAGCGCUCGUGGAUAGCGGAAAGAUGACAAAGGAGGAAUUCAUUGCUACCGCUCUGUCAAAAACCGACACUUCUUCCUGCUCCCCGUUGUUUAUAGCCAACAAUGAGUCGAGAGAUGACAAGGGGUUUUUCCAUAAGGCGGCUGCCUGGCUCGGCGCGUGA